GGUAUUUUUACACCUGAAAUCUUAUCUGUAUGCCAUAAGAUUCUACAUUAUAGCUUGCGAAACCAGCUAAUCCCAGCUUUUAAUGAAAAAAAAAAUUAUUUACUGUCAUAUGAUGAGAAUGUUAUUUGUGCUAUUAAAAAGUUUCAAAGCAUUGUGCUUUCUCAUCUUGAAUUCUAUGUCGUACCUAAUAUCAAAAUGUUAAAAGACAGUGGAUUACCAGAUUCACGUAUUGUUUGGCUACUUAGAGCGCAUCCUAUGAUAUUUAUAACAAGCUUGGAUCGAUUUGCUGAGAUUGUAGGAGAAAUAAAAGAAAUGGGGCUUAAUCCUUCGCAAAAAAACUUUGUUUCUGCAAUAUGUGUAAUGAGGAAAUUGAGGAAAUUCACAUGGAAAAAGAAAUUUGAUGUUUAUGAGAAGUGGGGUUGGUCUGAGGAAGAAACUCUUGUCGCUUUUGGGAAGUAUCCACUGGUUAUGAUGUGCUCUGAGAAAAAGAUAAUGGAAAUGAUGGACUUUUAUAUCAACAAAAUGAGGUGGGAUUCAUCAUCCGUUGCAAAUCAUCCAGUACUCAUCUCACUGAGCUUGGAGAAGAGGGUUAUACCAUGCUGUUCUGUUUUACGGGUUCUGUUGUCAAAAGGUCUAAUCAGAUUGACUAGCUUAGCAACAUCAUUGAAGAUUUUUGAAGAGUUGUUCCUGCAUAAGUUUGUGAUGCCUUAUGGGGAAGAAGCUCCCAACUUGUUGAGGUUAUAUCAGGAGAAGUUGAAUGUUGCUAAGUGUGAGGCAAGGCGGUAA